CCACGCACACACCGAUAUAAAAGGCUGUUUUGCUCGGAGGGACCGGGAGGAUCCCGGGCGAGCUCUGCCAUGGGGAGCCGCGGCGCCGGGCUGGCUUUGCUGGCCUUGUGGCUGCUCCCGCAGCCCAGCAACCAGUUCUGGCUCUUCAAUGUCCUCUUCCCACCCACCAGCACCCCAGAAGCUCCCCCGACCAACAGCACGCCGCCCGUGGUGCUCGUGCCCGGGUGUCUCGGGAACCAGCUGGAAGCGAAGCUGGACAAGCCGGACGUGGUGAACUGGAUGUGCUACCGCAAGACAGAGGAUUAUUUCACCAUCUGGCUCAACCUCAACACCUUCCUGCCCGUGGGAGUCGACUGCUGGAUCGAUAACACCAGGGUGGUGUACAACCGAACCUCCCGGAAGAUGUCCAACGCCCCGGGCGUGCACAUCCGCGUGCCCGGCUUCGGAAAGACCUAUUCCGUGGAAUAUCUGGACCAGAGCAAGCUGGCAGGCUACAUGCACACCCUGGUGCAGAACCUGGUGAACAACGGCUACGUGAGGGACAAGACGGUCCGGGCAGCCCCCUAUGACUGGAGGGUCGGGCCCCAGGAGCAGCCUGAAUACUUCCAGAAGCUGAAGGCCCUGAUCGAGGAGAUGCACGACGAGUACCAGCGCCCCGUGUUCCUCAUCGCCCACAGCAUGGGCAACCUCAACGUCCUCUACUUCUUGCUGCAGCAGACACAAGCCUGGAAAGAUCAGUACAUUGGGGGCUUCAUCUCCCUGGGUGCCCCCUGGGGAGGGUCUGUCAAGCCCCUGCGUAUCCUGGCAUCUGGUGACAACCACGGCAUCCCGCUCAUGUCCAACAUCAAGCUGCGUGAAGAGCAGCGCAUGACCACCACCAGCCCCUGGAUGUUCCCGACGAGCCUGGCCUGGCCCGAGACCCACGUUUUCAUCUCCACCCCCUCUUACAAUUACACCUACCGGGACUACAAACGCUUCUUCACCGCCGUCAACUUGGAGGACGGCUGGUACAUGUGGGAGGACAUGAAGGACUUGCUGAAGGACUUGCCUCCUCCUGGAGUGGACACGUAUUGCCUCUACGGCACCGGCCACCCCACCGUGGAGACUUACAUAUAUGAUGAGCACUUCCCAUACGAGGACCCCGUGGACAUGGUUUAUGGUGACGGGGACGACUCGGUCAACACGCGCAGUCUGGAGCUGUGCAAGCGGUGGCGUGGCCAGCAAAAGCAGAAGGUGCAUGUCCAGGAGCUGCCAGGCAUCGACCACCUGAACAUGGUCUUCAGCAACCUGACCCUCAGUUCCAUCAAUGAAAUCCUGCUGGGGAGCCCGCAGGAGCUGGAGGAGCCAGGGCAGGGGAGAUCCAGCCUGGAGACAGGGAAGUUGGGGAAGAUCCUAGCUGGACAGAAGGUCCUCAAGGAGCCCAAAAAGAACGGGAAGGAAUGAGGACCAGCUUCCCUCCACGCUGGUGGCCACCACGAGCUGCCACGCAGGGGAGCAAAGGACUCCGGAGAUGAGUUUGGAAGGCAAAGCAGCAAGACCAGCAGCUCAGGUGGGUGGGCUGGCACCCACCUCCACCUUCAUGGGUUCUCCCUUGAGGAACGGCAAUUCCUUACACUUCAGAGGCUUGUCACUGCCCGCCAGCGGGGGGCAAUUAACCGCGCUGCCAGCUCAUUAACAUCCCACUCACCAAUUACAAGUUUGGCCCUUCAGGGGCCGUGGAGCCUGUGGUGCUGCAGCCUCUGCAACAGGAGGGCAGCUCCUGUGAUGAGAGCAGGGCUGUGACCUGCGGGGACACGGGGGGUGGCACGGGGGUGGCACGGGGGUGGCAGGGCAGGGGUGAGGCAGCCAGGCUCCCCGGGCAACAGCAGCUCAACAGCAGCAGAUUUAUCAAGUAAUAAACACUUUGCUUCCGA